GAGGGACAGCGUGAUUGACAGGCUGGAGGUGGUGAUGUCACAGAGAUGUUGUAUAUAAAGUCAAUGUGGGGAGAAACUGAUGAUCUGACUUUAUCUGGAGACUUUUCCAAAGCCACAGGCAGUCACACGCUCUUCACAGAGGACAAACACCGCGACAGACGAUGGCUGAUCAUGAUCUGGUUCUGAAGUGCUGGGGAGCCGUGGAGGCCGAUUAUGCGGCUAACGGAGGAGAAGUUCUCAACCGUCUGUUCAAGGAGUAUCCAGACACUCUGAAGCUCUUCCCCAAGUUUUCUGGGAUUUCUCAGGGUGAUCUGGCGGGAAGCCCGGCGGUGGCGGCUCAUGGAGCGACCGUGCUCAAGAAGCUGGGCGAACUGCUGAAGGCCAAAGGAGACCACGCUGCCCUGCUCAAACCACUGGCCAAUACACACGCCAACAUUCACAAAGUGGCCCUCAACAACUUCAGGCUGAUCACCGAGGUGCUGGUGAAAGUGAUGGCCGAAAAGGCGGGUCUGGACGCGGCCGGUCAAGGCGCCCUGAGGCGGGUCAUGGACGCGGUCAUCGGGGACAUCGACGGAUACUACAAGGAGAUCGGAUUUGCCGGUUAAAACGCUCUGAACUUCACCCACUCAACCAGAUCUCAAAUGGGAGUCAUAAAUAAAGCGCUUAUCUUGUUAUUGCCAUUAGUGAAUAGAGGUUACAGUGCAGCUAGUACACUUACACAUUCUCCACAGAAAAAAUAAAACGUUAAAGCGCAAAAACUUGAAUGAGCAGAGCCAAUCACGUCGCGUUCAGAAAGUCAGCUGAUCUGAUGACGUCAUAAUGGUUCGUUAGGGUCUCAGGAGGAGCAAAGAGCAUAGAAUCACCAAGAGGCGACACUCUAGCGCAAUUAGGUAAACAGCCACUAGAUGGCGCGGCGGCCCUUCUGAAAUGAAAACUCCAAUAGAACAGCAGCAUAAUAUAAGUCUGUAAAAUAAAAACUAUUAAAAGUGCUGAUGAUUGUGAUAGUAAGUGUUGUAUUAUCGUCUUUCAGGUUGCAUCUCAGCCUUAAUGCAUUUUUAAAAUAAAUAAAUAAAUAAAUAACAAAGCUGCGGCUUGCCAUCGCGACAUCAAUAAGAUCCAAUGAACAGCCGAUUGCUUUCACUCCAAAAUGGCGGAACCGGCUGUUGCUGAGCGCUGCUGUUGCAAUGGAAUAGUGUCGCCUCUUGGUCAUUCUAAGCUCUUUGGGAGGAGUCGCAGGUGUAAAAUCGAUGUAUUUGAAAUGCACUUCAGUGAUUGCACAAUAAAAUCCCUUUUAAUUUGAAAAGAUGACUACUGAAUUUAAAGUUUUGUGAUUUUUAAUUUUAAUGAUGCUUUGGAGGGCCACAGAAAUAACGUAUCUGUUUCUCUAUUUGCUUGUAUUAACUUUUCUUUAUGAAUGGUAUGCUAAGCUUUGCUUUUGAAAGCAGUACUUAUCAAUAAACAUCGCUUAUAGCUGCUGAAAAACUGGA